AAGUCUCAAAUUUGCAAGAGGAAAUCAUUUCUAGAGAUUGGUUUCACAAUGUAACUACACUUAACACUACUGAAUAGGCCACUUAAAAAUGGACCUAGGGCAAAGAACAAAGUUGGGUUCGCAUGGAAAUAUCCCCGCAGGGAAAACCCACUCUAACUACGGAGCUUGGCUCAACGACAUGCUCUCCGGCAUGACUGUCACCCUGCGGUGAAGGGGCGGGGCCCCACAAACUGUCCGAUCAGCAUCUCUGCUGGAAAGGGGCGUGGACCCUAGCGCUGCUUGGGCGUGUGAACAUCCUCGUUGUAGCGGUUCACUCGGGUUGCGUCUCAUCCUCCGCGGAAGACUCUGAGGUGUUGCAUACCCUUUGUCGUCCUGGGACCUACAGGUAGUGAGAGAUCCAUAGGGAGGACUCCUGGAGCCUCCUUAAGCCGAGAAAUGGACUCCAUCUCCCUUGAGGAUGUGGCUGUGAACUUCACCCUGGAGGAGUGGGCUUUGCUGGAUCCCGGCCAGAGGAAUAUCUACAGAGAUGUGAUGCGGGCAACCUUCAAGAACCUGGCCUGUAUAGGGGAAAAAUGGAAAGACCAGGAUAUUGAAGAUGACCCCAAAAACCAGGGAAGAAAUCUAAGAGGUCCUAUGGUUGAAACACUCUGUGAAAAUAAAGAAGAUCGUGAGUGUGGAAAAAGCACUAGCCAGAUUCCUGAUCUGGAUAUUAACCUGGACACUCCUACUGGAUUAAAACCGUGUGACUGUGGUGUGUGUGGGGAAGUCUUCAUGCAUCAGGUCUCCCUCAAUAGACACAUGAGGUCUCACAAUGACCAGAAACCAAAUGAGUAUCACGAAUUUGGAGAGAAGCCACAUAAAUGUAAAGAAUGUGGGAAAACCUUCACUCGCAGCUCCAGUAUUCGAACCCAUGAAAGAAUUCACACUGGAGAGAAACCCUAUGAAUGUAAGGAAUGUGGGAAAGCCUUUGCAUUUCUCUUUUCCUUCCGAAACCACAUAAGAAUUCAUACUGGAGAGACACCCUACGAAUGUAAGGAGUGUGGGAAGGCGUUCAGAUAUCUUACUGCUCUUCGGCGCCAUGAAAAAAAUCACACUGGAGAGAAACCCUACAAAUGUAAGCAGUGUGGAAAAGCCUUUAUAUAUUACCAGCCUUUUCUAACCCAUGAAAGGACUCACACUGGAGAGAAACCUUAUGAAUGUAAGCAAUGUGGGAAAGCCUUCAGUUGUCCCACGUACUUACGAAGUCAUGAGAAAACUCAUACCGGAGAGAAACCCUUCGUAUGUAGGGAAUGUGGAAGAGCCUUCUUUUCUCACUCAAGCCUUCGAAAACAUGUGAAAACCCACACCGGAGUUCAACCUUAUACAUGUAAGAAAUGUGGGGAAGCUUUCAAGUCUUCUAGUUCCUGUGAAGUGCAUGAAAGAACUCAUUUUGGAGAAAAACCCUACGAAUGUAAACAGUGUGGUAAAGCCUUCAAUUCUUCAAGUUACCUUCAAUUGCAUGAAAGAGUUCACACUGGAGAGAAAACUUAUGAAUGUAAAGAAUGUGGUAAAGCCUUUCUUUAUUCCACUCACUUUCGAAUUCAUGAAAGAACCCAUACUAGAGAGAAACCCUAUGAAUGCAAACAGUGUGGUCGAGUCUUCAUUUACUUCAGUCACCUUCGCAGGCACGAAAGAAGUCACACUGGGGUGAAACCAUGUGAGUGUAAGCAGUGUGGCAAAGCUUUCACCUGUUUAAAUUCCCUGAAAGUACACAAAAGAAUUCAUACCGGAGAAAGACCCUUUCAGUGUAGACAAUGUGGUAAAGCCUUCAGUUAUUCAAAGUCUUUGCACGUGCAUGAAAGGACUCAUGCUAGAGGGAAGCCCUAAGAAUGUAAGCAACGUUGUAAUGCAGUCGGUUGUAUUAGUUACUUGUGAAUGUAUGAGAGUACUUAGGCCUGAGAGAAAGUCCAGGAACGUAAACACUGUGAUGAAGCCUUCGGUUGUCCUGAUUUACUUUGAAGACAUGACUCAUGUGGCAAUGAAAUAUUUUACAAAAGUGGGAGGAACUUCCACUCUCCUGUAGGAUUACAAAUAUAUCAAUGGACUCCAUGGACAGAAACCCUAAGAGUGUAAGGGGUGUGAGAAAGCUUUCACUUCACAUAAUCUUUUGAAGACACCUGAGAAUAUAUACUGGAGAGAAACUAUAAAAAAUGUGAGAAAUUCUUCAUCCCAGGUUUUUGUUUUGUUUUUUGAGAUGGAGUUUCACUCUUGUUGCCUAGGCUAGAGUGCAGCGGCAUGAUCUCUGCUCACCACAACCUCCACUGCCCGGGUUCAAGCAAUUCUGCCUCAGCCUCCCGGGUAGCUGGGUUUAAAGACAUGUGCCAUCAUGCCCAGCUAAUUUUGUUUAUUUUUUGAGAUGGGAGUUUCGCUCUUGUUACCCAGGCUGGAGUGCAAUGGCGCUAUCUCGGCUCACCGCAACCUCUGCCUCCUGGGUUCAGGCAAUUCUCCUGCCUCAGCCUCCCGAGUAGCAGGGAUUACAGGCACGCGCCACCGUGCCCAGCUAAUUUUUUUGUUUUUAGUAGAGACGGGGUUUCACCAUAUUGACCAGGAUGGUCUCGAUCUCUUGACCUUGUGAUCCACCCACCUCGGCCUCCCAAAGUGCUGGGAUUACAGGUGUGAGCCACUGCGCCCGGCCCUAAUUUUGUAUUUUUGAUAGAGAAAGGGUUUCACGGUGUUGGUCAGGCUGGUCUCUGUCUUCUGACCUCAAAUGAUCCACCCACCUCAGCCUGCCAAACUGCUGAGAUUACAGGUGUGAGCUACCGUGCCUGGCCGUAGCCUUCUUAAAUGUAAGCAGUAUGGGAACAUCUUCAAUUACAUAUGCAACCAUUGUUGAGAUCCUUCUUAGGAAGAAUUAAAGGAAUGGGGAAGAAGGACUUGGGCCCCAGCAGGCCUUUUGUGGCACCAAGUCUGAAGUUAGGAAAAACCCUCUAGGGCAGCGCCUGCCCUUGGCUCACAUGCAACUGGAUAGAAAUGAUAAGACUCCCAGAAUCUGCCUUUAAGUUUUCAUCAGUGUCCUCGGGUCAGACUGUGGGAAUGCUGUGCUUCUAAAACAAAGGUGCAUCCCGUUAUCCUCCCCAAGUGAGAUCUGCCUGUGGACAUCCUAAUUCACAGACAUGAUCGGCAUUGCAUUAUUCCAGGACUGUUUGAGGUCAUCUCCAGCUUUGCUUCCCAUCUCAAACCUACACUUUGGAUAUUUGCUGGGAAACACAUUUAAACAUUCAUAUCCAAAUUUCUCUGUGGCAACCCCAGACGGCUCUGAGAUGAGAGGGCUGCAGAAGCAGAACUUGUGUCAUGGGACACAUGCCCCUUGACCACACAGCAUCCACUGUCCUAUAAUUUCCAGCCCUGUACCAACCACCACAGUCAGAAUAAUCUCAAAACUGCUGGUGGAGUCACAAAGACAUACUCUGCCAUGUCUUAGCUGUAGGACACUCAAAAUUCUUACCUCCCCUAAGUUGCUUACCCUGUUUUCUGGCACAUUCUACCCUGAGAUAAUUCAGUGGCAUAUGCACUGAUGAUGCUCUGGCCUUCUCACCUCAGUGCAUGCCACAUGCAUGCUGCUCCAGGACUGGUUUCAUAGCCUCCCACUAAGACUAGCACCUGGCUCUUUUUGGAAAAGGACCCACCCUGCAGUGCUCCAACUCUUGUGUGUGGGAGGUGCUGGUGUCAGGGUUCACAGGCCAUGGAACUGCCUUGCUUCACAUCACAAGGCAAGAUGAACUCGACUCCCAGUAAAUUGCUUCCUGGAGCUACUGAAGUUUUCUCCCGUCUCUGAAUUGCACAGGCAUGAGAGGUGUGGGGUCUGACCCUUGUUGGGGUCAGUCCCCCUUUUUCUUAGAGAGCAAGUCAGUGUGUUCUAGAAGGGAAGUGGCAGCAUUGAGGGAAACCAGGUCACCAUCCACACUUGUAACAACUUAUGGUCUCCCUGGGUCCUAGAAGUGAUCUGUCGCUUGGAGACCUGUGGAACUCCCUAGGCCUCUGGUCUCUACCCUCCCUCAGCAGCAGGGAUGGGUGAUGGGUCACAUGGCAGCAUCCAAAACCAAGAUACAAGAGUCCAGAGGCUGACUGGAGCAAGGUUUGCUGGCAGAUGAGGCCUCAGUGGAAGUGACGGCUACUGUAGAGCUGCGGUGGAAGAUCUGGUGGCUGAGCCAUGAGAUACACACCUUUGCUUCUCUCACCAGGAACAUUUAUGGUAGUUUGAGGGGUUGGAACAUUAUUACUCAACCCAUUUCAGGUCCCUCUUUUUCACAUUCUUGGGCUGCCAUGUUGUGCUUUUGUAGAGAUGUGGGAGUCAGCUGCCAUGUUGUGCUUUUGUACUGUGGGAGCUCAGGAAGUUUGAAAUUCCUUCACUAUCAGAAUGGGCUCAAGGAGCCAUCUCUUAUGAUAGGUCUGGGGGGCACUAAUGGGUAUCUCUUAGUGGAAUGAAAAUGAGAACAUUUCAUUUUUUGAAGGACAAGUAUAUGAGUCUAUGAUGAGGUUUGUGUAAAACCCAUUUGUGUCUGUGUCUGCGUCCUGAUAUUCAGUAUUUUCCUCUAUGUAAUGCCCUCUAAUAGCCAACAAAGCUGUGCUGUGUUAAUAUCUCUGUGCUGAUAUCCCUGUUCCCUCGAUGCUGGCAUUCCGGAAGACAAGAAAGCAAGCGAGAAUCUGUAAUGCACUGUGGUAGUUACUCCCGAGGAGCCAGAGAAAUCUGGAGACAGAUCAGAACACCUGGGGUCGGUCUGUCUCUGGAAGCAUCUUUUAGUGUUUGGGCUGUUACAUCUAUGGGUUUGUGCAUUUGUGUCUCUCUCUCCCUGUAUGGACAGUGACAAAGUGGGAUUUUUGUAUAUUUAUCUAUAGGGAUAUGUGUGUAUAUAUAUUUUCAAAUAUGGAAUGCUUCGUGUAUUUUUUUUUUUUUGAGGCAGUCUUUCUCUUGUUACCCAGGCUGGAGCGCAGUGGCAUGAUCUCAGCUCACUGCAACCUCUGCCUCCUGCGUGCAAGCAUUUCUCAUGCCUCAGCUUCCUGAGUAGCUGAGAUUACAGGUGCCCACCACCACACCUGGCUAAUUUUUGUGUUUUUGGUAGAGAUGGGGUUUCUCCAUGUUGGUCAGUCUGGUCUCAAACUCCUGACCUCAGGUGACCCACCUGUUUUGGCCUCCCAAAGUGCUGGGAUUACAGGUGUGAGCCACUGUGCCUGGCCUUACUAUUAUUUUUAUUAUUGUUAUUAUUUUUUUGAGAUGGAGUCUUGCUCUGUCACCAGGCUGGAGUGCAAUGGCUCAAUCUUGGCUCACUGCAAUCUCUGCCUCCUGGGUUCAAGAGAUUUUUACUGCCUCCUCCCGAGUAGCUGGAUUACAGGCAUGCGCCACCACACUCAGCUAAUUUUUGUAUUUUUAGUAGCCAUGGGGUUUUACCAUGGUGGCCAGGAUGUUCUCAGUCUCCUGUGAUCCGCCCGCUUCAGCCUCCCAAAGUCCUGGGAUUACAGGUGAGCCACUGUGCCCGGCCAGAUUGCUUGUAUUUUCUUCCCUGAUUUCCCAGGGAGCAUCACCCUUAACAUCAAAUGGAGCUGAUGAGAGCAAACAUCCUUGCUUCUGAUAUUAGAUAUUAAAAACGGUGUUACAUCCCCAAAGGUUUUGUUGACUUUUUCACAUAGUUCUUGUAGCAGUCUAUUCCUAGGUUAUUGUGGGUUUUUAUCAUAAAUGGGUGUUGAAUUAUGUCAGAAGCUUUUCUGCAUCAAUCAAGACUCGUUUUUCCAUCAUUUGCUAAUGUGGUGUAUCCCAUGGAUCCAUUUCCAUAUUGUGAACCACCCUUACAUUCCAGGGAUAAAUCUUACUUGGUUAUGUUGCAUCAUCUUUUGAAUAUGUUGCUUUAUAUGGUUCACUGGCAUUUAUUUCAAGAUUUUUGCAUCAGUACUUACAAGGGAUAGGAAUGCCAUCUUCACUUGCUGCAGAGCCCUGGCAUGUUCUCCUUGAGACCUCAUUUUUGCAGUAAGCCUUUUCAUGUUCUCGGUGUGUAUGUGCACCACAUAGCCAUCAGUGUCAACAUCCGAACCACGCCUUUCCAGGCAACCGCAACAGUUGGCACUAUCUGGAUGUCUAGAUGUUGGUCACCAUGCCAUGGUCAGCCUUCCCUUGCUGUCAGGUGCUAACCUGCUCUGCUACGUGGUGAGCAGCAUGCUCUUUGAGCUGUUGCUGCUUGCUGCUCUGUUCCAUUGUUGAGACCUAACAAACUUCGGUCCCAGACUUAGCCAACCAAAGCUGGCAGUUUCUAUAAAAGUCUGGCAUUUAGGAGCAGUAGUAUGGGAUUUGGGCCCUCUUUAAAGUGGUCUAGGGCUAGGCAUUUUCACUUUGCCUUUCUAUGGAGAAUGAAGCUGGAACUGAUGCUAGGUGUUGGCCUUGUCUUACAGGUCUGGUGGUGAGACUUUUAUCUUGUGCAUAUUGGGAACCCCCAGUGGUGGUCAUUCCUGAAAGAGCAAUCAUUUGAAAAUGAGAAAGAAAGCUGGGGGUGUGGCUCACACCUGUAAUCCCAGCAUUUUGGAAGGCCAAGGCAGGUGGAUCACUUAAGGUCAGGAGUUCGAGACCAACCUGACCAACAUGGUGAAAGCCCAUCUCUACUAAAAAUACAAAAUUAGCUGGGCAUGGUGGUGCAUGCCUGUAACCCUAGCUACUUGGGAGGCUGAAGCACAAGAAUCACUUGAACCCAGUAGGCAGAGGUUGCAGUGAGCUGGGAUGGUGCCAUUGUACUCCAGCCUGGGCAGCAAGAGCGAAACUCCAUCUCAAAAAAAAGAAAAAUGAGAAGGCUGGGUGUGGUGGUUCACGCCUGUAAUCUCAGCACUUCGGAAGGCCGAGGCAAGUGGAUUACCUGAGGUUAGGAGUUCGAGACCAACCUGGCCAAUUGGUGAAACCCUUUAUGAAAAAUACAAAAAUUAGCCUGUAUGUGAUGGUGCACAUCUUUAACUCCAGCUACUCAGGAGGCUAAAACAGGAGAAUCAUUUGAACUUGGGAGUCAGAGGUUGCAGUGAGCUAAGAUUGCUCCACUGCUUUUCAGCCUGGGCAAUGGAGCAAGAUCCUAUCUCCAAAAAAUAAAUAAAGAAGGUAGGGAAGCUACCAUUAGAUGGUGUCCUGAAGUUCACACUCAGCUGGACCUGUAAGUACCUCUGCUGCUGCCGCCACCCAUGUCUCCAUCUCAACACAGACCCUGAUCCUCUCUCUGGGUUGUAAGGGACAACUCCGUGACAUUUCUGUUUUGUUUUGUUUUUUUUGAGAUGGAGUUUCACUCUUGUUGCCCAGGCUGGAGUGCAAUGACAUGACCUCAGCUCACCGCAACCUCCACCUCUCUGCUUCAAGCGAUUCUUCUGCCUCAGCCUCCUGAGUAGCUGGGAUUACAGGCAUGUGCCACCACACCUGGCUAAUUUUUUGUAUUUUUAGUAGAAACGGGGUUUCUCCAUGUUGGUCAAGCUGGUCUCAAACUCUUCUUGUGAUCCACAUGCCUCAGCCUCCUAAAGUGCUGGGAUUACAGGCGUAAGCCCUUGUACCCGGCCACCCUGCAGCAUUUCUGUAGCCCAACAAAGGUGUUAGUUCAAACAUGAAUAAAUCCCAGUGUCCCUAAACUAGGUAAAGCAUCUAUUGUCAUGCAGGAAACUCCUGCUAUGGUUUCCAUGUGGUUUGUCUUCUCCUUAGUUCAUUGAAAUUUGGUCCAGUGUAGUGGUUUUAGGCCUGGUGGGAGGUGUUUUAAGUCAUAGGGUCGAUCCCUCAUGAAUGACUUUGUGCUCUCUGGUUAGUAGAAUAUUGUUCAGGCUGGGUGCGGUGGCUCACACCUUAUUACAUGGCUCACAUCGAAUAGAAUCUCCUGUUUUCAGCAAAAAUUGGUUUGUUUGGGAUCUAUCUGCUCCCUUAAAACAAUUUUGAACAUGCAGCAUUUAGCAUAAGUGAUUCCAUUUCGGUUUGAUCUUGCCUUUUGGGCCUAGUAUAGGAGCUCAGACCAAAACAACAGCCUCCCAUUGUUUAAUAAUGGCCAAUCAGAACAUUGUUAAAAAUUUUUGUUUAACAGUGGCCAAUCAGAAAAGGAAAUUAUGGGCCGGGUGCAGUGGCUCAUGCCUGUAAUCUCAGCACUUUGGGAGGCGGAGGCGGGCAGAUCACCUGAGGUCUGGCAUUCGAGACAUACCUGGCCAACAUGGUGAAACCCCAUCUCUACUAAAAAUACAAAAAAUUAGCUGGGCGUGGUGGUAUGCACCUAUAAUCCCAGCUACUUGGGAGGCUGAGGCAGGAGAAUCACUUGAACCUUGGGAGCGGAGGUGGCAGUGAGUCAAGAUUGUGCCAUUGCACUCCAGCCUGCACAAGAAGAGUGAAACUCUGUCUCAAAACGAAAAGGAAAAGAAAAGGAAAUUAUGAAACAAUAACAUUUAAAAUAGCAUAGCAAAGAACAAAAUACUUCAAAAUAGUGUUAACCAAAAAGGCAAAACAUAUAAACUGAAAACUGCAAGACAUUGCUAAAAGAAAUUUAAAAAAGAACAAAUAAAUAGAUAUCUGUGGUA